AAUAGCAAAUAUCAACCCUACAUAUAUUUAUACCACAAAAUGGUCACUUAAAAUGCUAUUUAUUGCCAUUUUUUCCAACAGGUCCCGCCAGCACUCAACCAGUUUUCCAAGACCCUUGAUAAGAACCUAGCAACAAAUCUCUUCAAGAUGCUUCUCAAGUACAGGCCUGAGGAUAAGGCUGCUAAGAAGGAACGUCUUUUGAAAAGGGCCCAAGCUGAAAGUGAGGGAAAGACCCCUGAACUCAAGAAACCUAUUGUUGUUAAGUAUGGGCUCAAGCAUGUCACUUACCUCAUUGAGCAGAAUAAAGCCCAAUUGGUGGUUAUUGCUCAUGAUGUAGACCCAAUUGAGCUGGUUGUCUGGCUUCCAGCUUUGUGCAGGAAGAUGGAAAUUCCCUACUGCAUUGUGAAGGGAAAAGCAAGAUUGGGUUCCUUUGUCCACAAGAAGACUGCAUCAGUUUUGUGCUUGACCUCAGUGAAGAAUGAGGAUAAGUUGGAAUUCUCUAAGAUUUUGGAGGCUAUUAAGGCCAACUUCAAUGACAAAUAUGAAGAGAAUCGCAAAAAGUGGGGAGGUGGAAUCAUGGGGUCUAAAUCCCAAGCUAGGACAAAGGCCAAGGAAAGGGUUCUUCAAAAGGAGGCAGCUCAGAGGAUGUCUUAAGGAUUUAUGAUGAUAUUUGUUGUUAUCCAGGUUUUUCGGACCGAUCAAAGUAGACUGAUCUUGUCUUGUGAGCAGAGUUUAUUUUUGACUUCUAUUGCUUUUGACAAAGACUUAAUGUGCCAUUUUACUGCAUACAAUCAUCUCACCCCGAUAUUUCAUUGCAUUCACUUUGAUGUUUUCUGCUGGAAUUCCUUUCACUACGCACUUGUUAUCUCCUUCUAUGGCAUUGCAGAAAUAUUUUCUUCUAAAA